AUGGUCAAGCGGAUGUUUCCGCCUCAUCCGGGGGGUGGUUUCAAGGGGUUCUGGGGAGUGGGCGGCGGGGGAGGGGGGAGCGUGGGGAGCGGAGGCGGCGCAGGGGGAGGGGGAGGCGGGGGGAGUGUGAAGACGGAGGUACUGGCGUUUGAGAUAGGCAGUGUGAUGAGACGGUCGCUGGAGAUAUAUGACUGCAUGGGCGAGAAGACACUUGCCUCCCUGCGAUCCAACCUCCAGGCACCGGGAGUGGUGACCCUCAUCUCCAGUGACCUCAGACUGCUCUGGAACCUCGCAGGGGUGGAGAAGCUGUUGGAGUUGCAGCGGGUGGCGGCGCGCGUGGCAGUGCUGGGGCGCAAGUGCCGCAGUGCACGCCUGCACACGCUGGGAGACCUCUUCCCGCUGCUGCUCUCCCCUGAUUCCGACCUCUCGCACUUUGCUGUCUCCCCCGCUGAAGCCGACUCACUCGUCAAGUUCAUGAAGGAGCAAGCGGAGGCCACAGAGCGUCUCAAGUCAGAGAUGGAAGCCAUUCAACAGCUGCACCACCGCAUUCAGGAGUAUGGAGAGUGGAACAAGCUGCAAGACAUGGUGGCACAGGGCAAGUCAGUGGAGAAGCUACAGUCGCACUGCCUCUGGUCCUUUGACCUCGACUACCUGCUGCAGUUGAUAGUAGCGGCACUCUGCAUGAUCCGUUGCCGCAUCUUCGCCUCCUUCGGCCCGCCGCCCUCCUCCGCGUCCCCCUCGGCGCCGUCGCUGGCAGUGGGGUCGCUGGGCGCGUGGGGUCUAGCGCUGCACUACGCCAACGUGGUGGUGCUGCUGGAAAGGAUUAUUCAGCAGCCAGACGCUGUCAUGGGCCCCACCAGGGACGAGCUGUACGACAUGCUACCGCGCAGCAUACAGCACGCGCUGCGCUGCCAGCUGCAGGACCCCGAGAACUUCCUCCCGGACGGGCGCGUAGAGUCGAACCUCAAGCGCGGGCUGCUGCUGCUGCCCACCAUGGCGCACAACACCAUCUUCUGGCAGUCGCUGCACACGCCGGGCACGCUCAUGGGCGCCGAUGAAGUCGUGUUUCAAGUGCAGACGUUCUACUACGCGUGCAAGGAGGCAGUAGACUUAGCUCUCAUAGACGUGCUCCUAGGCCCAUCCCACAGCACCGCGUGUGUCAUGUGUCAACCGUACCUUUUCCAAACCCACCCCUCCUUCCACUUUCCCCCCCACCACCACCAGACGUUCUACUACGCAUGCAAGGAGGCAGUAGACGCAGCUCUCAUAGACGUUCUUCUGGGCCUGUGCCGCAUAUGCGGGGUAGAGGAGCCCAUCUCAGGGCCCUUCGCGCCCUCCGACCCCAUCCCCGCCUCCGUCUCCUCCAACCCCUCCUCCUCCUCCACCUUCUCUCCGCGGUCCCUCGACUCUUCUACAGCCAGCAGCGGGGGCGGGAGCUUUAGGAAAGGUGGGGGAGGGUAUGGAGGGAGUGGUGACGGGGGUGGGAUUGGGGGGUAUGAGGAGACGGAUGAGCAGUUUUUGGCGAAGUAUGGAGGGGGGGCGAGCAGGGGGGUUAGUAGUGCGUCUGUGGAGGGGUGGGGGGGAUGGGAGGAUGUUCCGAGAAUACUCAGUUCGGGUGAAGGGGCAGGCAAGAGCACGAGAAGGACAGAGAGGAGAGACGGGAGAGACGGGAGAGAGACUGAAACAGCAAGGCAGUUUGAACAUGGGCUGGCAGCAGCAGGGAGUGCAGACGAUGGCAGAGGGGAAGGACGAGGCGACGGGGGAUUUGCAGGUUUGGGAGAGAGAGGGACGGGAGAGGGCGAGCGAGCAGAGAGGGGCGGGAAGGGGGGAGCAUCAGGCAGAGGAGGAGCAGGUGGUGGGCAGACAGGGGCCGACUGGUGGGAGGCUGGGAAGGAGAAGAGCAAGAAGGGCGCAUUGGGGGGCAGUAGCAGUGGGAUGGGGGGCGGGGGCGGAGGCGCGAGCACUGGUGGGGGCGGGGGUGCGGGCGGGGGUGGAGGUGGGAGGCUUAAGGCGGUGGCAUUAGACACGAGCAGCAGCGGUCGCAUGUCCCGCUCGCCUCUGCGCAUGGUCACUGCCGUUCUCUCCCGCAACCGCGCCACCACCACCAGCAGCAGCAGCGGAGCCGGCACUCCCGGCACUCCCGGCGCUUCCAGCAGCAGCAGCAGCAGCAGGAGGGUGUUUGUGGAGCGGAGUUGGAGCGAGGGAGGGGUGGUGACGCGUGCAGAUAGUGAGGAGCGCGGGGUGGCGCGAGUGAACAGCAGCGGUAGCCUGUGGGGUGAAUCAGAUGCUGAUCUUGCUACGGCGGCUGCAGCGGCAGCAGCAUUCGUCGCUGCUGGCCGGGCUGCUGCUGGUAAUAGCACUGGCGCUGGCGCUGGCACUGCAAACGGAGCUGCUGCUGCAGAUGAUGGAUGGUCGGACUCUGAUCCCUUGGCGCAGCUACCAGCUCUAGAAGACCUCAAACACACCAUGCUCGCCUCUUCCGCUGCUGGUAAAGCCGGCGCUGGUGCCUCUUCUGGGGGCAGCAGCAGACGGGCCCUGCCCCUGCCACUCCAAAGAGAGGCUUCUGGAAAGGAGGGAGUGAGAAGGAGCGGCGGAGAGAUCGGGGAUUGGAUUCGGAUCAUGCGUAUCAAGGGCAGACGGUUGGGACUCCUCGCGUUUCUGGCCGGCGAACGGUUGGGGAGGGAGAAGGAGGAGGGGGAGGAGGAGGGAGGAGUGGGGGAGGGGAGGGGAAAAGCGUUCGCUCUGCGGCGUCGGCUGCAGCUGCGGCUGCGGCUGCAGCGGCAGCGGCAGUGGCAGCAGCAGCUAGUAAAAGCCCGCUGA